UAACAUUAUGUUCGUUUCCCAAAUUCUGGUCAAAAUUUUGAAAAAUAAAUAUUAUUUGGAUUGAUUUUAAUAUAAAAGUUACCCCUUCUAUAAGCGAACGGUAAGCGCCAUUCAAAUUUUCUGAGGCCACGGCUGAUUCUGGAGACCGUUAUAUCGUGACGUAUAUUACGCUGAAGAAGCAUAAGCUUGCGCUGAGCGAAAGCAGCGAGAUACGGAAAAUUCAAGCUCCUGCUCUGACUCUCCUAUUUCAGAAGUAGAAUAUUCAAGUGACUCUAGCGAAACGUCAGUAACAGGAUGUUACAUGAAUGAGCCUGAAUACUCCAAAGCAGAACUUGAAAAAGUGACUUAUAAAUCUAGUGACAGCGAAGAAGAAGACGAACUGAAUUCAAGCAGACUUGAAAAUUUGCAUUGGUGUACUUGUACAUGUUGCGUUAUUUAUAAUUGCUUCACUCUUGUGGAAUGCAAGUGUUGCCAAGAAUCUUUCAAUUUAUUGAACGGCAAGUUGAAUGAUAACAAGUGCAUCACGAUGCACAAGGAUUUUGAAAUUUUAUGUUUGAACCGCACAGUGUUAGAGACAGCCAGCAUACGACAUCGACGAUAUCAGAAAAAAUAUAACGAACUCUCCACAUAUACUAAUAAGGAAAUGAGGUACACCAGUUACCGACAGUACACGGCCUGGGUACAUUAUUAUGAAAGGCUUGGAAAAGGAUGUCGCGUGGUGAUUCCAGCUUGUGUUGUGCGGAAAAUAAGGGAAGAAUUUCCUGAUUCAGAUGGAAAAUAUACUGGAUUCAGAGAAUUUAUUGACAUAUAA